UUAUGUUAUGGAUGUAAGGAUAGACAAGUAUCUCUCAAAUAUAAUACGUCAGUUGAGAAAGUAUGGACUUCGAAAGUCCUGAUGUUGAGAAAGAAUUUCCUGGUUUAUACGCGUCCGAAUCGGCGAGGAAAAGCAACGAGAGCGAUUUUAGUGACGAUGGCAGUCACGACAAACAUUCCAAAAAGGAGCUUCUGGGUGGAAAGCGCAAAGAUAAGAAGGAUAGAAAGGACAGAGGCUAUGCGACUCUAGAGGGUGAAAGUUCGCCAGAUGAAGAUCAAGAAACCAAAAGUCCUUCAAAAUCAAAAAAGACCAAAGCCUUUAAAUUUCCAUCUAAGAAAGAAAAGCGAGAGAAAUCACGGGAGAAAGAAGCGAAGGAGAAAGAUGUGGAGAAAGAAAAGGAUAAAAAAAAGAGGGAUAAAGACGAGAAGGAUAUAGAGAAGGAAAAAAGAAAAGAUAAAGAAAAAGACAAGUCCAAGCAAAAAUUAAAAGAUCGUAAAAAGGGAAAGCACAGUGGAAACGAAGGUUUGGAUAUUGGCGAGGAGCAGCCAAUUUUCGGUGUGAGUCUUUAUUUAGCGGUUGAAAGAAGCUGUUGCCACGAUGGAGUGAAAUUACCUCUGGUAGCGCGGGACUGCAUCGAUUAUGUGGAGGAACACGGAAUGAACGUGGACGGUCUGUACAAGGUUCCCGGGGUGAAGUCGAAGGUUCAGCACUUGAAGAAGCUGUACAAUCACCGGGAGUCGGUGAACAUAUCUGAGUUCGAACCCACGGUAGCUACGAGCUUAUUGAUACUCUUUCUUAGAGAACUGCCAGAACCCGUGCUGGAGAGCAGCGAAAUGAUAUCGCGCUUUGAACAGGCCGCGUCCACCAAAGAUGUCGCUCAAAGGGAAGCUCAGUUGGCACAGCUAACGCAACAAUUGCCGGAAUGCAACAGAAUUCUACUCGCGUGGGUCACGCUGCAUUUGGAUCAUGUCACAGCGCGAGAGAAAACAACAAAAAUGAACGCGCAAACAAUCUCGAUGACAUUAAGCCCCGUACUACAGAUGAGUCAUAGACUUUUACUGGCUUUGUUGUUCCAUUGCAAGGCCUUGUUCCCAGAUGUACAAUUGACAAAGUACGUGCCACCGUUGUCAUCCGGUAGCACGAACUUACCGGAUUCUGUAGAGGGAAUAGCUGCGGAAUUAUCGAAGCAAGAAUCGUUACUCUCUCAGAUUCACAUGCAGAUGAACGCUGGUUUUGUAACAAAAUCUCGCGAGGAACAACUGUGGGAAGUACAACGAAUGAUAACGCAAUUAAAAAGAAAAUAUAAGACCGUUCAAAAAUUGGAAGGUGCCACGCAAAAGAGUAUGGAUGAGGAAAUUAAAUCAGCUGAUAAUGUUCCGAUAGAAUCUAUUUCGCAGAAGUCAAAAACUGUUGACGAAGAUUCUUCUGGGCCAGUAAAAUCCGAUGUUCAAUCGUCGACUAGUUCAACAUUAACGAGAAAAGACAGUAAAUUACAGGGCGUGGAAGAGGCGAAAGAGAAAUGUUCAUGCUCGCUGGGAACCAGUACGAACUCUACACAAAAUGAACAAAAUUUAAAUAUUCAAGAAAAAGACACGGUUGAUUCUGCAGAGACUGCUGUGGUCACACCACAAUCGAAAGAACCUGAAAAUGUAACACCGAACGAUAAGACAAGCGAUCCCGAAGAAGAAAAUAUCGUGGACAAGUUGCGAGAAAGGUUGAUUCACGAAGAAUUGUUGAAUAUGCAAGCGUUAUUGAAGUCUCGUAUCACUCAGGAGAGGAACGAGAUCAAACGACUGAUGGAAAUGCUAACGGAACGCGGCACAGAGAAGAAAAAGCCCGCGGAAAGGAUAAUCCACUCUCCCAACGAGGCCGAAAUGACGGCUAUGAUACAGCUAGUCAAAGAAAAUCAAUUGCUCGAAAAAAAGAUGACAACGUUAAUACGCAGUAUUAUCGAGGAGAAGGACGCUUGCGUGGAACUGCGCGUGCAGUUGGCGGUACAUCAAUUAAUGGCCAAAACUUGACCACAAACCUAUUAGUGACACACAUCAGGUAUUACAAGAAAACGUCUCUGCACGCUUUAUAAAGAUACGAUCUAAUAUUAUGUUUUUGCACAUAAUGACCAUAUAUAGUUUAUGACAUUGUUGCUAUUUACCAUAUGUACCAUUACUCGUUCUAUCCUUCCGUGAGAUAAUAAAAAAAAAUCUAUAUAUGAAAAAAAAAAACAAAAAAAAAAAAAACAAAUGUAGCUGGAGGAUUUUAUAAAUUUGUGAAUUCCACAUAUUUCGAGUUUCUUCUUGAAUACCCAACGCAUGACAAAAACUCUUGUCAUGUGUGUAUUACCAUGUAUAUUAAAAUGUGUACAUAUAUAAGUUUUAGUCUUUUUAUUAAUAUAUGUAAGAGGAACAAAAUUAUUAUAUUCAAAGUAUAUAAUCGUCGAAAAUAUUUAUACUCUUUCUUUUCAUGAAUAAAUAUUUGGGUUCUUCUUGCGGUCGCUACGGUAAUUUUUAUGUUUCACUCUCUCGUGCGCUUUGUUAUAUUAAUAUAAAUCAUAUUAUAUAAAAAAAUUGUGUCUAAAUAUUACAUGAAGAAAUUAAUAAAAAGGUAAAAUUUAAGAAUCAAAGGAAUAACUUCUGUACAUUAUGUUUAACGUGUAUUUACAAUAUUAUAUCUGGUCAGGAUACAGCGCUGAAUAUCGACCCGUAUAGGUUUGCGUAUAAUCUCGAUGAUGCUGCUUUUUUUUGUGUGUACUUUUACAUGUAUAGGAAACUUUUGCACGUCCGAUAUAAUAUAUAGAUUUUAUCUUAGAUUUUACGUGUUUUUUUUUUUGUAUAAAAAAUUCAACGUCCAUCGCAAAAGAAUGUUACGCAGAAACUGAGAUUGUGCUGAGGGUUAGUUUGUUUUCUUUUUAUACGGAUUCUCUCUUUCGUUCUCUCUGAACAAGAGAUCGAAAGGAUCUCGCGUAGCCUCCAUGUGCGAUUUAGUGUCGCCUUCGCGAGAAGAAUAAGCUCCUUGGGUUCUAAUGUAAGUUGCCGCAACGCAACGCAAACGCUGAAUAUUCUUUUGGUACUGCUCAAUUUAUAAGUUUAUGUUAAUUUUGAAAAAAGUAGCUCGAAACAAAUUUUUUUAUUUGGGCGUCGAUUGCACCAUUUCAGACAUGAAUUUUCAUUAUCAACUCGAGAGGAUCGUGGAAUCCGAUUGUCGCAACGCGAUAUAUUGCACCGCGUUGUGGAAAAUCAUGACUUCACAGGUACAUUAUUAUUUUUAUAUAUAUAUAUAUAUAUGUAUGUAUGUAUAUAAAUAUAAUGCCAUACUGUUCUCCUCUUCUGUUUGCGCCGAACAAGAUCGAGCGACAGACAAUACAAUAACGUAGUCUUAGAGCGUCGCUAUCACAGUGUAAUAUAACAACUCGCUAAAAGAAGUAAUGGUAUUAUCAUCUACCUACACAUAAGCGGUGAAAGGGUAAUUCGACUACACCAAUUCCGAAACUGCGAGCGUCAGUUUUGCCUAAAAAUCCACAAAAUUAUAGAAAAUAUAUAUGUAACUUCAUUACAUAAUCCAUUACGAUAGAUUGAAUUGUUUUGUCUCUCGUAUUUGUUUGAUUUUUUUGUUUAGCAAUUAUAGAGCAUUAAAAUAAAUCUCACGUUAUAUAUAGAAUACGGAUCUCGGGAACGUCACAGUUAAACAUAUCACUAUUGUACCUUUGUGUUUAAAAAGUUUUAAAAGCAUCGGUGGAUUAUAGCGGGAGUAAUUGCAAACGGACACGUAAAUCUUUUACAAAACCUAUAUAAAAUUAAUUUACAAAAUGUUAUAUAAAAAUGGAUUAUAUAUGCACAUUAAAAAUAUAAAGGAAUGUUUUUUUUUCUUUUUCUUCUUCUCGGGCAAAAUAAAUUUUGCAACGGUAUUUAUAACAAAAGAGGAUGAUUAAAGAUGCUUUUCAUUGCGCGCAAUAUUUUUUGUAUUAUGUAUUAUAACUUGAAAACAGUUUGAUUUCUCGAAUCAUCCGAAUCACCUAUUUUGUUAUAAAAAUUAUAUUAAAUAUUUUGAUAUUUAUCUAUAUAUUUUUAUCUCAAUGAAAAUUUAAACACUCGACGAUUGUUAUUUAAUAAGUAUUUGUAAAUGGAGAAAUUUUAUUUUGUGAUGUAAACAUUGUUGAAAUAAUCGCUGGGGAAUGCGAAAAAUUUGCUCUCAAUUUUUAUAAAGCUACUAUAUAUCGUAAAACUAAUGAAUUUUAUUCAUAAUAUCUCGUUCACUCUAUCACUUCGCUUCUCGAUUAAAAGUAAUGUCAAUAAUAUAUAACAUAAUCUAAUAUAAUAAAAAUUGUAUAUUUUUUAAGGAUGAGUCUUUGUAUAUGAUAAAUUUUAAUGAUAUAUAUCCUCAUGUACAUCAUUCACAUUAUUAUUCAUAACUCACUGAUAUAGUUUUAUAGCAGCUCUUUACACAAAUAAAUUUUUAAGUAAUGAGUCAAUGAGUGUAUGUCGCGCAAUUUGUGACUCUCUUUGCUCUUUAUUUCUCUCUUUCUCUCUUCGCCUGCUGUGUCAAUAUAAAAAAAUCUCUGUAACGUUACAGGUGGCCUUUUUCUAAGUUAUACGUUUUGUACAGUAUAGUUUUAGUUUUCGAGAAAUAAUUUUUGCAAACAUGUGUCCGCAUCUCAUGGGAAACAAAAAACCAACUAGGAAAAAAUGUUUAUGUAAGAAAGAGAAAACGUUAUUGGCUUCCUAUUCUGACGAGUGUACAUUAUAAAUCGAACGCUUUUAUAAAAUGACAACAUGUAAAACAAAAACUUGAUCAUUUUGUGAGAGAACAAGUUUACACUUUCCUUAAAAGUUAUACAUAUAUAUAUA